GGAACAAGACAGGGGUCCAUAAUGGCGGAUCGGCGCCAGGGUACCACACUAUUUUAUUUUAGCUCCCUGGCUUUGCUGCUGGAUCCCAGCGGUUCUAUCCCCAAAAAGGAGCCUUGUGAAACCUCGACGUCACAGUUAUCUUUGCCAUCUACCAUAUUCACAAGCAAUUGACAUGUCGAAGCUCUCAAAAGACAACUGCAUCAAUCUUCAGUAACUUGUAUUGCACUCUGAAAAUAAUUACGAGCCUGCCAACACGACUGGGCGGCUCUUGAUACGACCGAAUACGAAACAGCCUGGAACGAGCGGCAACACGCGACAGGCUAUCCGAGCGCCAACGCGGAGGAGCAACUAUCACCAGACGUAGCAUAAUAUCGGCUCCCCACUCUGUUACAGUAGUGUUUGGCGGUGUGUAAUUGAAUGCGCUGCUUGAAUGGCCGCAAUCGAGUAUGAUGAGAUAGCAGUAAUGGAUGAUUUGAAAGAUGGCGAGGGGUUGGCAGGUGGGACUCGAGGCUGCGGCACCAACAACCGAUUUGAAAGGUCGCCUCUUUCGAAAACACGAAGUUUAUCUGAUGGUGGCGGCACACAGCUCUCGCCAUCCCCACAGAUAGUUGAGGCAUCGAGGAGGGCUUCCAAGGACGACAGCUCUCUACGAGACUCGAUGACGACAACCGCUACCACCACAACGGCGACGCCUACACCGGUGACACCACGUCGACCCGACUUCCCCAUCCGAGGGCUUUCUUUGCAGAUGCCCCGGCGCGACGCGACCUUGUCCUCCGCCAUCAAACCGACUCCUCUGUCCCCCAAACUCGACCAUUCGCAAAUCUAUGCUUCACCGACAAAUAUUCUACCGCGCAGGUCGCGUGGUCUGGACUUUUCGCGAGCCGCCACCAGCCUGCACCAUUCCACCCUCGCUGAGCAGUCGUCGCCCGACUCUUCCCCAACUGCCGGCGGCAGAGCUAUGAAUAUUCCCGGCCGCAAGAUUGCAGACUAUGGGAUCGAACAAUCGACAAACUCGCUGUGGUCCAUGAUGGGCAACCAGGAGCGCAUGCAUAUCUCAAGUUCGCUGGGCAGCACCAACAUGCUCGGCUCCGACAGCUCGUCCAGCUCUGACAACGAGGACCUCAUGGAUGAGGACAUGGAAGACGCCAUCAUGUGUACCCCCCAAGCUGCUAAGAGCAGUGCGAUGCACCCAGGCCUUGGCGUCCAUGCUGGUACUCCGUGGAUGCCUGGCAAUUCCCCCGCCGUGAACAGCCUCUCCAGUUUUCGCACUCGGCCGCGGAAACAACCGAGCAAGAAGCUUCGAAGUAUGCUGGGCUUGCCCGCGGGCCUGUCCAAGUCGCCUCCCAAUAACAUGGCCAAGGAGAUGAAGGACGCUUCUAAUUCCCAUUCCCGCCGCGAGAGCAUCAGUUGGGCUGCCAACCAACUGCACAUAUCGGGGAGCGAGGCCGAGGAGAGAACGACCGACUCCCCAGAAGCGACUACGCCUUCGAGAGAUGGCCAGAGAGGGGUGAUACGGCGUGUCGUAACGAGGCGGGGCAAUCUUCUGCCCAAGACUAAAGGAUUUGCUCGCAUUCGAGCUGCGCUUGCGGAAGAGAACACACCCAUUGAUUCCGAAGUCCGUCGCGAAGCCGAAGUUGUUCGCCAGGUGUAUGAAAGCGAUGUGGACCUCGAGCCUCGGGCGCCGCCCCCCUGGCAUCCACCUCCCCUAGACAUCGCAACGGCACAAUCACCCAAUCUCAACACCGAGUCCCUCGACGAGAUAGCCGAGGAUGAAAUGAUGGGCGAAGUGGUUUUAUCCAGCAGCUUCAAGCAACAAGCCCUCAAGAAUUCUAAGGGAAAGGUCUUUUGGGAUACGUUCUCGGAGAGCAGUAGCGUUACCGGCGGCCGGACCACUCCACCCCCUCCAGUAUUCUUACCACGCGGGUCUUCGUCGGGUAUCAGCGAGGAUGUUAAUAUGGACUCGCCUUCCCUCACCGCGGCAUCUGGCAAUGCGAUGUUUGGAAUCAGUUCCAAUUUCACCUUGCUUGGAAGCGGCAGCGAUGGUCAACGAUCCGACACGCCGCAACCCGGCGCCCCAGCACCGCCCUCCCAAGGGGGUAGGAUCCCCCCCACUGCGGAGGAGAUAACACGGCGCAUCAACAACAAGCGUCGGCGUGACGAUGAUUUCGACCCUGGCAGCUUCAAACGAAGAGCAGUCAGUCCAGGCAUGAGUGUCCACAACUCGCCCAUCAUGCAGAGCCCCCUGCAAAGAGACCUGGCGCCUUGGGGAUCUCGUCCGGGUAGCAACCACGGUGGGGACAAGGCGUCCGGCACUCCGAGCGAGAACGGCAGCUCUGGCGGCAACAACAGCGGAGGGGCGAACGGCGGGCGACCAAUCAACGGAGCGAAGGGUCGCGUCGGCUUUCAGGGAAUGGUGGAUACUAACGACGGGCUGAUGCGAAUGAGCAUUGAAUAAUCGACCGUACUCUGGGAAUUUUCGGCAUCAAGUUAACAUGCCACGCCAUGCCACCCGUACUGUAUCGGGAGUUGGCCACGGCCGGAUGGGAGAAUAGGAGUUUUACGAACUAGCAUUGUUCGCGCGAUAGCAUUUACCGACCAUUAGAGCUCUUCUGCAUUUUCGAUGGGUAACAUAAAUUAGAGGACCAACCAUCAUCUACUUGGGUAUUACAGACACUAUACGCCUCAUGAAUAAUGUGUACAUAUUGCCCUAAUAUUUAGU